UGAGCAAUGGCUGCUUGACUUGUCGUUUCGUGUUGUGGUCGAACAGCAGCAAAGGCCCCGUGUUCGAAAGGGGCGCAAUUGGCGAACGGAUUUUCGACAAUUUGCCGCUGUUUGGAACACUGAACCGGAAAUUUGCCGCAGAAAACACAAGAAACAAGCCCGGAACGAAAUUAGGUUAACGACAAAAUAACCUACACAACAACCGCCAAAACAACGACGCGCUUCCUGUCAAAGCCGCGCGGGAAAUUCAAAAUGAGCACUUUCGGCGGCAGGAUCGUUGAAAUUCCCGGGAUAAGCAUCGACCGAUUCGAUGGGGACAACUUAGAUUCAGAAGCCUUCUUCUUGUCCCACUGUCACACCGACCACAUGAGAGGCCUGGAAGCGCCCGAAUUUCACGAAAAACUUAUCCAAAAUCGGCGUUUUUUAUACCUUUCGCACGUUUCCGCGGAAAUCGUUAAAAAUAUGUUUCCACAGAUAGGCGAAAAUUUGAUUGAAUUAGAUUUGCGCUUCCCCACUAGUGUUUUCUUGAAAAGUGGGGCCAUAUCAGUSACCCCUAUUCCGGCAGGACACUGUCCCGGCUCAAUAAUGUUUCUUUUUGAAGCCCAAGUCAAUGUUUUAUAUACCGGUGAUUACAGAAUUAACCCGCAAGAUAUCCCAAAAUUUAAAGCUUUGUAUGAUUCUUUGAACGUAAAAAAACGGAUAGAAUCGGUUUAUUUGGACACUACUUUUUUUCUAAAGUCGUACGCGAAAUUUCCUCCAAGAGCCGAAAGCUUGGAAGAGAUUUGCUCCAUAAUUGGGGAUUGGAUUUCGCGGAGCGACAAACACGUUGUGGGGCUUGACACCUCGGCAAAGUACGGCUAUGAGUACCUUUUUAUCGAAAUUUACAAACAAAUGAAAAUGCCGAUUCAUGUCAAUGACGAAAUAUACGAAUUUUACAGCCGAGUCCCGGAAAUGGACUGCGCUGUGACGAGAUGUAAAGAUAAAACUAGAAUACACAGUGCCUGCGGUACUACAUACAAAACUGUGUGUCCCAACACAGUACAUUACAGAGUUAAAAUUAUCAAAGUCUCGGCUUUUAGAUGGAAAAGUGAAAGUUUACAAAAGGGAAUUUCGGAAAAAACAUACAAUACACAUUUUGUUUGCUACUCGACUCACGCCUCGUACGAAGAGGGAGUGGAGUUGCUAAAAUUUCUCAAACCGAAUAAAGUCGAAGCCAACGUUUUGCAUAGAGAAGCAGCGGUGAAUGAAGAGAUUUUGAAGAAUAUAAAAGAAAAUUUGGAGGAUGARGGGCCGAMGAGGAAAAAAGUUAAAUUGUUUGAAUCUGAAGARGAGGUUCAGCCAAUUCGUGAGAUUACCGAGAGUGGAUUAGGAGAGCUGAGUUCUAUACUAGAUUCGCCUCCCAGGAAUUAUACAAGGUGAUAAUGUUAUUAACAAAAUUCGAUACCUUUCCAUUGGUAAAUUCAUUAAAAUUACCCGAAAUACAUACAAAGGAGAGGCAGUUUAUGGUCAUCAGUGUGAAUAACACUAGUUUACACUAUUUUUAUUCAUCAUAUGAGAACACUUUUUUUAACUAAUAUUGUGAUGCUGAUUUUGGAUCUGACCUCCGAAUUUUCCAUCACGUCUGCAUGAUAUGCGUGGUAGAGCUUGUUCCAAAUCUGAUGGCUCUAAAAUGAAAUUUAUUCCGACGACUAAAACCCUCUAUUUCUCAGAAACUACUGAACUGUUUUUGCAUCUUUUCUUUUAUAUUAUCACCGGUUAAAAUUUUUCCACAACUAUCAAAUUCACUCUGUCUACAAUGUUUUUCAAAACUCGCGUCUCAGAGAAAAAUGCUAAGCAAGACAAGAUAUCAGAAACACAGAAAAAAUGCUAAAAAAUCUUGCACUUUGACGCCAAUUUUUUCUAUUUGAAAAAUAAUUUUCCAUGUUUUUUG